CUUGGAUCAUUAGCUAACGUUAUCAGUUCUUUAACAGUUAUCGCUCAACAAGGAAAAUGCACUAAUUGCCAAUAUAGCGAAGGAUACUACAUUGUGAAUUUAAUUGUUCAUGCCAUAUUCCUUUUAAUCGCUGGUUUUGGAACUAUGGUUCUUUGUUGUAGGCCAAGAGCAUCUCUUUUAAGGACCUACUCUACUUUAUAUUGGAUUGUUGUAAUUGAUAAGAAUACAUUUAUAAGUGCUUGUGAGAAUUCUAAUGCGAGUGGAAAUACAAAUCAAGAUUGUGAACUUGGUUACAAGGUUUCUUUCGUAUUAUCGGUCGUGCUUUAUGGAGUGGCGAUUCUUAUAUCGAUUCAUUUUGCUUCAGUUAUUAGAGCAUAUUCCUCACAACGUGGUACUGAAGAGGAAAAUGCUAAUAUGGAAAAAUAA